AUGGCUGCGGAAAAUGAUGCAGACCUCUCUGUUGACUACUACGAACUGCUGUCGAUCCCAGCGACAGCGUCAGAGUCUGAAAUACGCCGUGCAUACCGGAAGACUUCCCUCCUCUACCAUCCUGACAAAGUCAAGCCGACGCCUGAAAAUCUAAACAAAUUUCAACUCCUCCAGACCGCGAUCAACGUCUUGACUGAUGCAGCUGAGAAACUAAAGUAUGACCAGACACGAGAAGCGAAGCAACGGCGUCUCGCCGAGACCGCCGCCUUGGAAAGCCGACGAAGGAAGAUGAAGGAGGAUCUGGAGAAGAGAGAAGGCAAUUUUGGCGGUGCCCCCAUUUCAGUGAGUGGCGCAAAGAGGACUUGGAGCGAUAGAGAACUCGAAAUUAAAAGAAUCGCCGAAGAAAAUCGAAAGCGAAGAGAAGCCGCGGUGGCGCAAAAGGUCCAAGAAGCACAGGCCAGAGCAGAUGCUCAGGCGCAGGAGACACCGUCCGAUUCAAAAGAUCGCUCGGUCAAGGUUCGUUGGGUCAAGGAAGGUGAGGGACUAGAAAUUGAUCAGGAUUUCCUUGAGGAGAAUUUCUCUGCUGGCGACGUUGAAAAUGUGCUUAUGCUCAAGGACAAAAAACGGCGUGUCGAAGGCAGGGACAAAAAAGUCUUGCUUGGAACUGCUGUUAUUGUCUUCAAGUCGGUCAGUCUGGCCAAAAAGGUUGUUUCCCAGGGCCCCUGGGAGGGUAUUGAGAGCGUGGAAUGGGCGGCAGUGAAAGAACCAGAUGCUACUUGA